UCGCAGAGGAAGAAAGCGGCUCAGACAGAAGCGGAUUAGCGAACUCAGCAGACUGUGGAGGUCUGUGGGCUCUGGGGGGAACAGCGACCUGAAGAAGCCAUGAAGAACGAGGGCAUCGAGGGGACGGAGCGGUUCCUGAGCCCGGAGCGGGGCCGCGGCCUCCGGGCGCUCCGGCACUUCGCGGUGGGGGAGCUGGUGUUCGCCUGUCCUGCCUACUCCUACGUGCUGACGGUGAAUGAGAGGGGCGCUCACUGCGAGCACUGCUUCACCAGGAGAGAAGAUCUUUUUAAAUGCGGUAAAUGUAAACAGGCCUUCUACUGCAAUGUUGACUGUCAGAGAGGCGACUGGCCCAUGCAUAAGCUGGAGUGUGUCGCCAUGUGUGCAUAUGGGGAGAACUGGUGUCCAUCAGAGACGGUCAGACUGGUGGCCAGAAUCAUCAUGAAACAGAGAGUCACGGCGGAUCGGACCCCCUCAGAGCGGCUGCUCCUGCUCAAAGAGUUCGAAGCACAUCUGGAUAAGAUGGACAGUGAGAAGGAGGAGUUAAACCAGGCUGACAUUGCGGCUCUGCACCAUUUCUACUCCAAACACAUCAGUGACCUCCCUGAUGACCAGGCUCUCACUGAGCUCUUUGCACAGGUGAACUGUAAUGGUUUCACCAUAGAGGACGAAGAGCUCUCCCAUCUAGGAUCAGCUGUUUUUCCUGAUGUAGCGCUGAUGAACCACAGCUGUAGUCCAAAUGUUAUUGUGACCUAUAAAGGCACAGUGGCUGAGGUCAGAGUCGUUCAAGAGAUAAACCCAGGGGAAGAGAUCUUUGACAGUUACAUAGACCUGCUAUAUCCAACAGAGGACCGGAGAGAGAGGCUAUUAGAGUCCUACUUCUUCAUGUGUCAGUGCACCGAGUGCACCACCCGGUCUAAGGACAAAGCAAAAAUGGAGAUCAGGAAGCUGAGCUCUCCACCAGAACCAAAGGAAAUCCAGUCUAUGGUCCAAUACGCCAAAAAUGUCAUCGAAGAGUUCAGAAGAGCCAAGCACUACAAAAAUCCCAGCGAGCUGCUGGAGAUGUGUGAGCUCAGCCUGGAGAAGAUGGGAGCUAUUUUUGCAGACACCAACGUCUACAUGCUGCACAUGAUGUAUCAGGCCAUGGGCGUGUGUCUCUACAUGCAGGACUGGGACGGCGCCAUGAGCUACGGGGAGAAGAUCGUUCAGCCGUACAGUGUUCACUACCCGACCUAUUCUCUGAAUGUGGCGUCCAUGUACCUGAAGCUGGGCCGUCUCUACUUGGGACUUGAAAAGAAAUCCCAAGGUGUCAAAGCUUUGAAAAAGGCGUUGGCCAUCAUGGAGGUGGCUCAUGGGAAAGACCACCAUUAUGUAGCAGAGGUCAAACGGGAAAUCCUGGAUCAGAAAUAAACGAGAAAAUUAAACUUGGGACCUCCUUAAAAAGCAACAAAACACACUUCUCCAAAGCAUGGCAUGCAUCCUUUACCUCUGUUGUUUCACCUUUUUUAUAUUCCUGCCUCACUUUAUGCACAUGUGUUUUAACUUUUCUUCAAAUCCUGGACUUUAACUAGAUUUGCUUUUUUGAAUUCAUUUAAAAACACCUGAAGCAUUUUGUUUUUCAUCCUGAAACUAAAUUCAUAGUCCUGCCUUUUAACGCUGCCUUCUGAAGAAAGUCAAGUUUUCUAUCUGGUAGCUUCCACCUUCGUCCUGCUUCUCCACUCAGUGUCUUGUGGAUUCAUCUCCAGACUGUUGGUGUUUUUGCAGCCUUUCGAGCUGCUUUGUCCUUCCAGAUUAGUUACAGCCUGUCUGUUUACCACCAGAGGACAGUUUCUGGUUGCACAUGCUCUCAGUAAAACUGUGAUCUAACACUAAGACUGACCAUGCAUCACACACUCUGUAGCAACAGAGAGGUCUCACAGAGCGUUUUGGUUUGUUGAAGGAAGUGUUGCAUGCUUGACUUAUUAUGCAUUUGUUUAUAUUUCCCUUUGUCUUUUUUUAAAUGAAGUGAUCAGUUCAUGUCUUGGCUGUUUUCUCCUUUCAAAAAAGAAGAGAGUAAGAAAAGUAUCGCAUCAGAGCUGAAAACAAAAAUGUAUAUUUUUUUUAUUUACUGCUAAAAAGGAUUGCAUAUACAUGAUUACAGUACAGUAUUAGGUACUUUUUUUCUCAUUCUGUGUUUUAGUCGUUUAGUCGGACAAUCUGCUCGAGUAGCAAGCCCGCAUUACAGACGUCCAGUUUGCGGCGAAGUAGCAUAAAGGUGAUGUUGCUGCUUUAGUUUCCACAUAAUCACUGUUUGUGCUUUUCACAACUGGAAAUAUUUCCAAAAAGAUUUUUUUUUUUCUUUAUUGCAAGUAAAUGAGCAGAGUGGAGGUUUUAUCCAGCCAGCUGACCUGCAGUUGGCUGAUUGUGUGACCUUGGCAGGUCAGGAUAACCGACCCAAAGCGAAACACGCGGGCCUGGGAAUGAGCGGCGGACUGAGAUUUGACCAAAUGUUUCUGCCAAGGAUCCGGCCAAAACCGGACCCUCUGAUUCUGUCAUAAAACAGGAACUCUGUCUUUUGUCUUUUUUUUGUGUGUGUAUUUUCUUUUUGUUGUUGUUGUUGCAGUUUUCUGUAGAAGCAUAUUCUCUUCAGUCUGGGUUUGAUGUUAACAUGCACUAAGAAGAUUACAUAUCUACAUUCUGUAAGAAAUAUUUAUGUAAGAGGAAUGUUCCUGCUUCACGUGUCUCAUCUUACUGUCAUUUUUGAAUUUUAAACUUGAUGCUUUUUGCUUAAUUUGCACCACGGCACAUCAGAAAAAUCCAAACAGUUCAAAAACCGUUACAGCAGAAACGAUUAAAUACUAGCGAGACAAGUCUACAUUAUAAUUUUCAGGCAGCUACAAACACUCACUCUAAAGUGUGAGGCAGGUGCUGAUUGUAAAAUUAUAGCUUUUUUUGUAGACUUACUGCAAAAAUAAUAAAAAAAAAUCUUACUUAGUAUUUUUUGGCCUAGUAUGUAGUCAAAAUAUCUAACUUAUAGGUAGCUUUUCAGCAAGCUAGAGUAUUUUGUUUUGAGUAAAUAAUUCAUUAAUAUUGUUUUGUAAAGUACUACAGGUUUCCCUGAUAUAUUAUUUCACUUAUAAAAUGAGGAAAUAUCUUAUUAAUGAAAAAGCUGCUAGUGAAACCAGUAUGUUGUAGUCAAUAUUGAGGAAUCACUGACUUAAAACAAACUGCUGUUUCUUGCUGAAAAAUUCCUUAUUUUAAGUGAUGUUAACUUGGAUAUAAACACUUGAAACUAGAAAAAUACUUGGUAACAUUUUUUGAUUUUGCAGUAUAAAUCUCCUAAAACCAUUGAGAAAUACUUGUUUUUUCCCUUUUUUAAUGUUUUAGCUCUUAAUUUGACAAGCAAUGAAAGCUUUGAAGCAAAGAUCACCUGGGCCUUAUCUAAGGGUUUUCCUUGCACUCAUGUUUUGUAUUCUCAAUGCAACUAAAUGAUGUCAAAGACGAACUUAAAUAUGGUUUAUACAUGAAAUGGACAGUUUUGCUGUCAGUGGAUUGUCAUCAGAAACCAGUAGCUUCUCUUUUUGUUCAGUGUUUCAAUGCACCACAUCAAUGUGGCCUACAGACUGGCGUAAACUUGCAAUGAGUUUUCUGUGGUUGUAUUUGUAGCAUCGCCUGCUUAUGUGACUGUCGACUAUUAAACAAUUAUGCAUCUGCAAGGUGCCUGCCUUAUAGCUGUAAUGUGAAAAGCACCAUUUCAGCAGCUCAGUUCAGCCCACAUAAUUAUUUUUGUGGAUUUCUGCAAGAGAAGAAGAAACAGAGGCUUUGCACAAGCCACACACUGUUUGGACUGUCUGUCUAAACUUAAGCGCAUUUAGUAAGACUUUUUUGCCCUGGGAUGUUCAAACCAAUCUGUUGUUUUGUAAUUCUUUGUGAUCCUUUCUGCAUGUUUCUGGAAUAAAUUACCAAGCAUGAAUGUUAUUCUGUUGGAAUAAAAAAAACAUCUAAGUCUAUAAUUUUUCAUUAUGUUUUAAAUGUAAACGAAUAAAUGAUGAUUGAACUAUU